UUAGUCACCAGACACUCGUCGUCGCGCACUUCAUGACGUGUCAUGGCAGCGGUUGAGAUGUGAUACUCGUUUGCUCGCAACGACGUUUUGUGCACGAAAUACUCACAACGUAUAUGACGUAUAAUGCGAUUACACGCUUUUAUGUAGAAGGAAAUAUUUUACGCAAAAAAACGCGAACGAAAAAACGGACACUUUAAGGUGACGCAGUGACCGUGAUUGCGACGGCGAUGGGAACGGCGACGACUGCGACGGCAGUCUUUUAUACUGUUCUCUGUGUACUGUACGGUGCCUCGGCGUUCUAUUUGCCCGGCCUGGCACCCGUCAAUUACUGCAAAACCGGCGAGACUACGUCAACGUGCAAGUCUGAUGUCAAGUUAUAUGUGAACCGACUAAACACAGAGAAAUAUGUCAUACCAUAUGAAUAUAGUCAUUUUGACUUCUGCACAGUGGAAGAUGGACAAUCUCCAGUUGAGAAUUUGGGACAAGUUGUGUUUGGAGAACGGAUACGUCCGUCUCCAUACAAAUUGGAAUUCUUGAAAGAUGUCAAAUGUGUUGAAGCUUGCACAAAACAAUAUACAGGAGGUGAUGAGAUGGCUGAGAAGAGGUUGCAAUUAUUAAGGAAAGGAAUAGCAGUCAAUUAUCAACAUCACUGGAUUGUUGAUAAUAUGCCGGUAACAUGGUGUUAUCAGCUGGAAGAUGAGCGACAGUAUUGUAGCACUGGCUUCCCCAUGGGUUGUUAUUCCAAGGACUCUAGAUCUCAGCAAGACACUUGUACUAUACAUGGUCCUCCAUAUAACAAACCGAAAACUUAUUACUUAUUCAAUCAUGUGAAUCUCACUAUAACUUACCACAGUGGUGCCACAGAAGAAUGGGGAACAUCUUUUAAAGAAAACGGUGGUCGUAUCAUAUCUGUGAAAGUAGUGCCUCAUAGUAUUAAACAUACCGGUACAGCUCUGAAAGAUUCAGAUUGUGAAAAUCAGACACCAUUAGAAAUACCAGCCAAUGAGCUCGCAUCCGGACAAACGCUCCAAGUGAGGUAUACGUAUUCCGUGAAAUUUGUGAAAAAUAACACAAUCAAAUGGUCAUCAAGAUGGGAUUACAUCUUAGAAUCGAUGCCGCACACGAAUAUUCAAUGGUUUAGUAUUCUUAAUUCGCUGAUUAUUGUUCUGUUUCUCUCUGGCAUGGUGGCCAUGAUAAUGCUUCGCACUCUGCACAAAGACAUCGCGCGAUAUAAUCAGGCCUACUUCCAGAUAGAAUCAGGAGAGGAUGCACAAGAGGAAUUUGGAUGGAAAUUGGUACACGGCGAUGUAUUCCGCCCUCCGCGUAAAGGAAUGUUGCUUUCAGUUUUGCUUGGAUCCGGUGUUCAAGUGUUUUUCAUGGUGUUGGUUACGUUAGCAUUUGCCUGCCUGGGUUUUCUUUCGCCUGCUAAUAGAGGCGCGCUGAUGACUUGUGCGAUGGUGUUGUACGUUUGUCUGGGAACAACUGCGGGAUACGUUGCUGCUCGGAUAUAUAAGAGUUUCGGCGGAGAGAAAUGGAAGUCCAACGUACUACUCACAUCCAUGCUCAGUCCUGGAAUCGUAUUCAGUUUAUUCUUCAUAAUGAACUUAAUAUUCUGGGUGAAUGGAAGCUCAGCCGCAGUACCUUUCAGUACUCUGAUUGCGCUUCUGGCACUGUGGCUUGGAGUGUCUGUACCGUUGACCUUUAUCGGCGCCUAUUUUGGUUUUAAGAAAAGGGCUUUGGAGCAUCCGGUGCGAACGAAUCAGAUACCACGACAAAUACCGGAGCAAAAUUUCUACACGCAGCCAAUACCUGGAGUCAUCAUGGGCGGUGUCUUGCCGUUCGGUUGCAUAUUUAUACAAUUAUUCUUCAUACUUAAUUCCCUUUGGUCAAGCCAAGUGUACUACAUGUUUGGAUUUCUUUUUUUGGUUUUUCUUAUACUCGUCAUCACAUGUUCCGAAACGACGAUUCUACUCUGUUAUUUCCAUCUUUGUGCGGAGGAUUACCACUGGUGGUGGCGCAGUUUUCUCACGUCAGGCUUUACUGCUGCCUACUUGUUAAUUUAUUGUAUACACUUCUUCAUAACUAAAUUAGACAUUGAAGGCGCCACUUCUACGUUCCUAUAUUUCGGAUAUACGUUUAUCAUGGUUUACUUAUUCUUCCUUCUGACAGGUUCCAUUGGUUUCUUCGCCUGUUUUUGGUUUGUGCGUAAGAUUUAUAGUGUUGUGAAGGUUGAUUAAAUAAAACUGGUGACGAGAACAAUGAGCCUGUACAAUGAGUGUGGUGUAAUGAAUGAAACUGAUCGCAACAAGAAUGAGCGAUAGUCGAUGUUAUGUGAACCCGCGUUAAAAACAAAAAGCAAAGAGGGAACAAUAAUGAUGUGUAAACGACUCUUCGCAUUAUUAUUGUCAUAAUAUAUUACCAUGUAUAACAUGGUUGCGCGAAUAUUGUCAUAUAAUAAUAAUAAAAAAUUGUAGUCAUUUAUUUAACGCGAAAAGUUCACAACUUUCAGAGGGCAAUAUCGGGUAUCGUUGUCGACUAUCAGACAUUCUUCAGAAGUAUUUUCGAAUAAGCGUCUAACAUAUAUCAUGAAUGUUGAUGAUGUAUGUUUUAGAUAUCCGUGAAAAGUAAUGUCUAAGCAUUUUGUUUUAUUUUAUGAAUUCCGAAAUGCUUGGCCUACGUCGAAAGGAUAUUUAUGCGGCAUACAGCCACAACACGUCUAGGAUUUUGAUUAAAUCUUUGAUGUGUAAUGUGAAAUUCGAUUCUGGGCCAUACUACUCACUGUUCAUUUCUACAUUUACCAUGAUACCAGGAUAUCAAGAGAGAAUUUCUUUAUAAUAAAAGGUAACAAAAUAUUAAUCACGAUGGUAUAGAAGUACAAUCGUAAGUAUUAAUGACAUGUCCGGUGCGUCCGUAUUCAUAAGGAUUACGAAUCAUUGUUUCUUUUUUUUUAUUACAUAAAUGAAUUAUUUAAAAAAGAUAGGUUUUAAAUAUUAUAGAAAAAUUUGAUCGUUGAAUGUAGACGCAUCGUAUAUCCAUUAAUGCACCGCGUAAUUCGAAUCUAAUUACGGAAUGCGCAUUAUAUCAUAUUUUUCAAAUUAUCAAGCUAUAAACAGCUGAAUCACACUACACAAAUAAUAAAAAUGUACAAAUUGAGAACUAACUUA